CACUGCGCGUCUCCUGCUUUGUGCGUCACAGCUGCGACGCACGCGGCUCUUCUGUUCGGCCUGCUCGACGCGCAUUCGUAUUUUAACUCGUAAUUUAUCAUCAAAAUCUGUAAUAAUUAUGGACACCGCCGCAGUCCCCGUUAGGAAGAGGCUCCUGAAGGAGGAAGACAUGACGAAAAUCGAGUUUGAGACGAGCGAAGAGGUGGAUGUGACGCCGACGUUCGACACGAUGGGCCUGAGGGAAGAUCUGCUGCGCGGGAUCUACGCGUACGGUUUUGAGAAACCGUCAGCCAUCCAGCAGCGAGCCAUCAAACAGAUCAUCAAGGGGCGAGACGUGAUCGCCCAGUCACAGUCUGGAACCGGUAAAACAGCCACGUUCUGUAUCUCAGUGCUGCAGUGUUUGGAUAUUCAGGUUCGAGAGACUCAAGCGCUGAUCCUGGCUCCGACCAGAGAGUUAGCCGGACAGAUCCAGAAGGUGCUGCUGGCGUUGGGCGACUACAUGAACGUUCAGUGUCACACCUGCAUCGGAGGCACAAACGUGGGCGAGGACAUCAGGAAGCUGGACUACGGUCAGCACGUGGUGGCUGGGACGCCCGGCCGAGUGUUCGAUAUGAUCCGCAGGAGGAGUUUGAGGACUCGUGCUAUUAAGAUGCUGGUGCUGGAUGAAGCAGACGAGAUGCUCAACAAAGGUUUUAAGGAGCAGAUCUAUGAUGUGUACAGAUACCUGCCUCCUGCCACUCAGGUGUGUCUCAUCAGCGCCACGCUGCCUCACGAGAUCCUGGAGAUGACCAACAAGUUCAUGACCGACCCCAUCCGCAUCCUGGUCAAACGUGAUGAAUUGACUCUGGAGGGGAUUAAGCAGUUUUUCGUGGCUGUGGAGCGAGAGGAGUGGAAGUUCGACACGCUGUGUGACCUUUACGACACGCUGACCAUCACACAAGCCGUCAUCUUCUGCAACACCAAACGCAAGGUGGACUGGCUGACGGAGAAGAUGAGGGAGGCUAACUUCACCGUGUCGUCGAUGCACGGAGACAUGCCACAGAAAGAGCGAGAGUCCAUCAUGAAGGAGUUCAGAUCCGGAGCCAGUCGAGUGCUGAUCUCCACAGACGUUUGGGCCAGAGGUCUGGAUGUGCCUCAGGUGUCUCUCAUCAUUAACUACGACCUGCCCAACAACAGAGAGCUGUACAUCCACAGGAUUGGUCGAUCGGGUCGUUACGGCAGGAAAGGUGUGGCCAUCAACUUUGUGAAGAACGAUGACAUCCGUAUCCUGCGAGAUAUUGAGCAGUACUACUCCACACAGAUCGACGAGAUGCCCAUGAACGUGGCUGACCUGAUCUGAUCCCAGUGCUGAAAACAUCAAGAACAGUUUUACUUUCAUCCGGAUUUUUAUUCUUCAUUUCUUGUGAUUCUUCUUUUUAUUUACCCUCUCUUGACGUAGUACGAGCGCUCGGAUGUUGUGAUGUUGUGUUCUGAGCGGCGCUUCAUUGACUUUUGUAAAUAAAGAAUCUUUGUCUCCA